CUGAAUGUGCUCCUACUUAAUAGGGCAAUUGCUAUAAAUGGAUACAUUUAAGUAGGUCUACUGAAGCUUGUGGUUAGGUAUAAAUACAACAGACUCUGCACGCUAGAUUCUGCAUUUAGCCUCAGUCGCAUUUUCUGGUGAAAAGCAGUUCAUGGAAGUUUUGAGGAAACGACACACAGAAUUAAAUGCUGAGGAAGAAUCACACAACUAGACACCACGAUACUGAUAUGAUCCACCUUCAUGCUAAAGAAGUGCAGAAACACACUGCACUGUGGAUGCAGCUUGCGGAAGGUCUUAAGACAUUUAUUAAUUCCUCUUUGAGCUUUGCCAAAACGCUUUUCCUGGCAUCAAGAUGAACGUGAGUCAGGUGAACACUUCACUCAAGUGCGAGCGGGACACUAGCGUAACGUCCAUACUCUUUCCUUGCCUGUACGCUGCUCUCUUCCUGGUUGCUUUUGUGUUGAACAGUCUGGCCGCCUGGAUCUUCUUCCAAAUCCGCAGCAGCUCAACAUUUGUUGUGUACCUGAAGAACGUAGUUAUGGCCGAUCUGUUGAUGACCCUGACUGUGCCUGUAAAGGCGCUGACUGAUGCGGGGUUGGGUUCCUGGCACCUCCGGGCUUUUCAUUGCCGAUACUCAGCUGUACUCUUCUAUACCACUAUGUACAUCAGCAUCCUUCUUCUGGGAUUCAUUAGCUUGGACCGAUACCUAAAGAUUGUGCAUCCGUUCGGGAAAUGUGCUCUCCAGAGGGUCGGGGUGGGUCGGAUCCUGUGUGCAGUUAUCUGGGUGGUUAUGCUGUCAUUGGCUCUGCCGAAUGUUAUCCUGAGUAACCACAUGCCACCGAUCUCCGCUGGUGGUAAGCUGCGAUGCACCAAGAUGAAAGGGAAGAUGGGACUCAUCUGGCAUGAAGGUUUCAACUACUUCUGCCAAGUUGUUUUUUGGGGAACGUUGGCACUCAUGGUUGUCUGCUACACCUUCAUCAGCAGGAAAGUGUUUGAAUCGUACCGUGCAUCACAAAGCAGCAGUGACACCGCCAGCAAACAGACUACAUCUAAGGUGUUUGUGGUAGUGGGAGUGUUCUUUGUAUGCUUUGCACCGUUCCAUCUGGCCCGAAUCCCUUACACCCUCAGUCAGACCCGGAGCACUUCUGCCCAGUGCUGGGCCCAAAACCAGCUGUAUUUUGCCAAAGAGAUGACACUCUGGAUAUCAUCAACUAACGUGUGUCUGGACCCUCUCAUUUAUGUGUUCCUGUGUCGAAUCUUUCGCAAGAAGCUGACUGCCACACUGAGCCGCCGUCCGCUUCCACACGGACUGGGCUCUCUGACAGAGUCCACCACCAGAAUGGAGAUGCCCAACAGAGUCCACUGUAACACCAAUCUGGAUUUAGGUCAUCAUUAACAACCUUCUUUUCAUCCUGUGGCUGUUAUGAGGUUCAAGGGUUCAUGAAAAUGCACUGCAAAAAGAAUUUUCUUAAUCACUAUUUUUGUCCAGCAAAAAUAUCUAAAAGUAUCUAUAAGCUUGUUUUCAAGAUGUGGAUAUUUUCAUUGGAACUGUUUUUUGCAGUGUAUGAUGGAGCAGAAAUAACAGAAUAUAAGAAGACUCCCUCAUCUUACAGUACCACACAUUGUCUUGCAAUCAAACUGUUAAAAAGAAAAUCUGGUAACACUUUACAUUAAGGUUCCAUUUGUAAACAUUAUUUAACUACAUUAGUUCACAUGAACUAACAAUGAUAAAUACUUAUACACCAAUUAUCAAUAUUAGAUAAUAAUAAUUUGCAAUUAAAGGAUUAGUUCACUUCAGAAUUAAAAUUUCCUGAUAAUUUACUCACCCCCAUGUCAUCCAAGAUGUUUAUGUCUUUCUUUCUUCAGUCGAAAAGAAAUGAAGGUUUUGAGAAAAACUUUCCUGGAUGACAUAGGAAGAAGUACCGAUCCAGUGUUUACAAAGCGAACGUACAAAGACUAAGUCAAACGUCCUUUACAAAAAAAAAAAAGGAAAACAAUGCUGUUGGAUUAUUCUGAAGUUGGAGGAGAAAAUGAGAUGGAGUUUUUCGCCCUACCGCGGUACUUCUGCCUACAUAACGCGUGACCUUUCCAACGUGAUUACGUAAUGCGUGGAGCAUCGCAGAGCAGUGCAAGAUGAGCAUUUGUGGUUAGAAAGUAUAUCAUUUUUAUUUUUUUUAGAAAAUGGCCGAUGGUUUCUCUAGAUAAGACCCUUAUUCCUCGUCUGGGAUCGUGUAGAGCUCUUUGAAGCUGCACUGAAACUGACAUUUGUACCUUCAACCUGCUGAACCCCAGUGAAGUCCACUAUUCGGUUGUUAAGUCUGACAUCACACAGCAGCGCUUCCGAGUCCAAACGCUCUAUCUCAUACCACAAGAAAACAACAAGCGGUGCUAAUAUACACACACGAUGUGGUGUAAUACUACCAAAAAAUUAUAAUCAUAACCUUUAUCUCCAUACCAAAAUCCCAGAUGGCUAGACAGUGAUUCAUCUUUUAUAAAUCGUUAAAAUAUUAAUGUCUGUAACGCUGUGAGCAUGGAGACUGUUGUGUAGACUGUAAGUAUUUUAAAUGUUUAACUUUAAAAUGUUAAAUGUUUAUUAUGAAUAAAUAGCGCUCAUAAACGGCUGUCGAGAUGGCAUUCUCAAGUGAAACGAGUCGAGGCUUGGACCCGGAAACGGCGUUCCUUACGUCACGACUUAACAAGCGGAUAUGGAGAAAAAUCCUGGAAUGUUUUCCUCAAAAACCUUAAUUUCUUUUCAACUGAAGAAAGAAAGACAUGAACGUCUUGGAUGACAUGGGGGUGAGUAAAUUAUCAGGAAAUUUGGAUUCUGAAGUGAACUAAUACACUAUCAAAAUCAAAAGUUAUAUAUAUAUAUGGAUAUUAUUUAUUAGACCUGAGCUCGCAUAAACUAAGAAUGAACUACCCCUAAUGAAGAUCAAUAAAUACUGUAACAAAUGUAUUGCUCAUUGUUAGUUAAUGAAUUAACUAAUGUUACCUAAUGAGACCUUAUUGUAAAUGGUCACUAAAAAUGUCAUAGUAAAAUGUGUUAUACAGCAUUUUCUGGCAUUUUUAAAAUGUGACAUUUUUGUGAUACAGUAUACGCACCAACCUUGAGCGUCAGCUCAUGAAAUAUAUCAGUGUUAGAUCAACAUUGACAGGGUUAUUUUCACUGUCCUCAUUAAGUGUGCUUCAUUAUCAGAAACCACAGCAGCUUUUAUUUCCCUUCCAGUUAUCUUGCUCUCACUGUCUCCACUUCCUGUGAGAAGAGUUUCUAUUUGGGCAGUCAGUGUCAGCUUAGUAAAUGAAUUGUUUAAAAAGUGGGAGGAAAUUAAAAAUAUCCUGGAUUUCCAAAGAAUGGAUUAUAUUUAUUAAAAAUAUAUACAUAUAAUUAUAGUUAUUGUGACCAACAUAAAAAAGAGAAGUGGGAAAGACAAAAGGAGGGUUUAAUAACAGUGGUUCUGAAUUUACAAGUAAAAUAAAGUCUGUGGUUAACUGUACUUGAAUAUAAAUUAGGACUACCAGUAGGGUAGACCGACUACAGUUGUAGCAAUUUUUGCUUUUGCUGAACAGAAUAAACAUGUUUUAAUGUAUAUGUAGACAAUCAAAUUCAGUAUUUUUGUGACUUAUGCUCUUUUCUCAGUGGUGGCAAAUAUAAAUGAUCCCACCAUCAAUGCAGUCAAUGAUGAGACAGGAAUAACCCAACAAAGUCUUUCUAAAAGAUCUUUGCAGAAAUGUGAACUACAUGCUUUUAAUUGUCCAUGUAGUCCGAAGAUGAUAAUGUGAAUGAGCACACAGAUGGGAAAUAUUCACAGUGCAAUAACUGCCAUACUCUACUGAAAGGAUGUGAGUUUACAUACUUGAUAACUGGACAACCAUUGUAGUCCUUAUUUAUCAACUUGUUAGCAACUUACAUUUAUGCUGUACAGUAACUUAAAAGAAAGCCCUUAGGGAACCAAUGACAAUCCUCUGUGUAAAAUCAUUAUUUUUUUCUAAUGCUCAGUAUGUUCAAGGCCAGCAGAUGCUUCUGAAUAGGAUUCUUUCACCUGUGGCAUAAAAUAAUAAAUAAAUCUCUAACUAACAAACAGAA